AUGAUGGAAGCGGGCAGAGCAAGUAGAACACCAGAGCGAAAUUUACUUCAUGGCCAUGUGUUGUACGACAUUUUUGGUGAUAAUACUAAGGGAUAUGAUAUAUUUGAACGGUUUUUCAUUGCCCUUAGAUACGCAUUGAACAAAAUGCAUGCCCAGUCUCAACUGAUCACCGACUACUUACAUAACGUGUUAAUGUGGGAGACCAAAUCUAAUUUCCGUCUCAGUCUCUCCGUGGUCAUCCUUACCAUUAUUCUGCAUAUUGCAGAAGCUACACUUCUUCACCCGGUUUCAGUGUAUUUCCCCACUUCGGAAAUAUGCACGCUAUUUUUCAUUAUUCUCUGCCUGUAUCUGUUCACGUUUCGUCAACUCCAAUACGGAACAUAUCGUUUUCUAUCCUGGGGUCUAUGUAUCUUUAUGUUUGCCCUGAGCUGUUGGUCUCGUUGUGUCCUGAUUCGACGCGAUAGUCGUAGAUAUACAAACUCGUUCGCGAUCAUUGUUUGCUCCGUGAUCCUAUUACCGGUCAGUAAACCGGUUGCACUGAUCAUUUCUGUGAUGAAUUUUUGCAUGCAAAUCCUAAUCCAAUGUCAUCGUACUCGGGAUUUGGAUGUGAGCCGAUAUUCGACGAACUAUUAUAGCAAUAUGUCCUGGAUUUAUUUCGAUAACUUUCGACGCUACAAUGUGCUGAGUGAGUCCGAUUUCAAACCGGUCGCCGAGUUCAUAGCUGGAGCAAUCCUGCAAUUUUUGGGAUUUCUAUUGGGAAUUUAUGUGGACUGUUGGAAUGGAAUACGUCGUCAGAUUGUGUUCUAUCGACUAAGCAAAAAUGUCCGCAUACGUAAUGCAGCUCAGGCGGCCUUGGUGGACAAGGUCCGUUGGAUUGAAGCGAUCAUGCCGGCCCAAGUGACCGCAGACUUUUACCAAAUACAAAAGCGAAACGAAGAGGCUGGUAAAACAAUGUGGGUCUACAAUCGAGUAUUCGAUCCGGUGAGCAUUUUGUUCGCUGAUAUUGUUGGAUUUACAAAAAUGAGUUCCAACAAGUCCGCCAUUCAGUUGGUCACUCUCCUGAAUGAUCUGUUCAGUCGCUUUGAUGAAUUGUGUCAGUUGACACGGUGUGAAAAAAUUGGCACACUGGGCGAUUGUUACUAUUGUGUGUCCGGUUGCCCGGAGCCACGAGUCGAUCAUGCUCAGUGUUGUGUGGAAAUGGGGCUGGGAAUGUGUCGAAUCAUCAAAGUGUUCAAUUGUGAUCAUCAGGAAACCGUCAAUAUGCGUGUUGGUGUUCAUACCGGUCGAGUCAAUGCGGCCAUUAUAGGCGCGCAACGAUUUCGCUACGAUGUGUACUCGUACGAUGUGAUCGUGGCAAAUUUGAUGGAAUCGAGUGGACAACCCGGACGUGUACACAUCUCGGAGAGUACGUACAAUCUGGUCAAGUCCGUGUACAACGUCGCACCCGGUGAGGAUAUGUUAAUCAAACGGGAAGAACGAUCGGGUAUAGCCGGAUUGGCGUUGACCACGAAGACAAUGAAAACGUAUUUUGUCGAUCCUCGAUCGUCUAUCCUACGCAGACGACAUGAACGAUUUCGUGCUCACGUACAACUCCGGGCGGUCGACACGGAUUUGCUGUCGGAACCGGUUCAAAUUGUGGCAGAUACUAAGAGGGAGACAAUUAGUGCUCGCAGAACGCCUUCGUAUGCACGUUUCUCACGCGGUCAAAUGUCUCUUACCGGUGCGCAGCACACAUCCAUUUUCUGUCAAAGAGAGAUGGCCCGUUUGGAACAGGAUAUUGAACUGAUACAGAAUUUGCAAACCGAUUCAGAGCGCCAAAUUAAUCUAUUCCGUUCCCCGCCACUGAAUCCACUCAUGUUGAAUUUUCUACAUCACGAAACCGAAUGGCACUAUCGAACACACACUGUUCACCACAAAGUUCCCACCUACAUUGAAUCGUUGAAAGUUGCUAUCUUGUCUGAUUCGCUAGCUCUGACAAGUGUCCAUAUUGUGAUCACGUGUAUAUGUGUCCUAGCUCACAAGCUCACACCGGACUGGAAUGGUAUUUAUGCCAUGUAUUAUCUGGCUGUACUUAUGUUUGCACUUGUUCUCCUAUGCCUACUCCUAUUCAGUUCCACCAUGUAUGCUGACCAAUGCCAAUCGCCCCAAUUAAAACAAAUCUAUUUGUGUGUUGCACAUAACUAUGGUCGAGAAGUACUAAUCGCCUUGCUAUCCACUGCACCGACAAUCUCUUUUCUCAUAUUUCGUCAAGCAAUUGUGACAGAGCAUUGUAUUUCUGAUUACAUUGGGUUGUUUGAAAAUUUGUGCUGGUUAUGUGUCCUAAUCCACGGUUUGCCUCAGUCCUCGGCUACUUGGUGUCGUCUGAUUUGUUGUGUCACAUGCAGUGUGUGUAUUCACAAAUCAUAUCGACCAACUCGAGCCCAAGUACGAUUCUGUGCGUGGGCGGAUGAUUUUGUGUUCGGACUAUCCGUGCGAGGAUUGCGCCACAUGCAUGUGCUCGAUUUUCUCUUUUGUAUCGCCCUAGUCAGCAUAAUUGCUCGGGAAAGUGAACGCAACUGUCGUCUAUGUUUCUAUGUAACUCGUGAGUCGGAGAUUGCCAGCGAUCUGAGUGAUAUUACCGUACAAGAGGCACAACAACUCUUGUUCAAUAUCAUUCCGAAAUAUGUCUACGAUGAAUUACAAACGAAUGGACGUGAGAAUUUCAGCGGGAGCGCAUUCAGCUAUGCCACACUGGUUCCGAACGCCGGAGUGAUGUUCGCCUGUGUGGCCAAUUUCUUUUCCAACUAUUAUCGUGAAGAUUACAAAGGCGGUGAAGGAGCAUUGAUACUGUUGAAUAGUAUAAUGUGUACGUUUGAUGAACUGCUCAAUCGCCCGGAAAUGAAAGAUGUGGAAAAAAUAAAAACUAUAAACGAUUGUUAUAUGGCCGCAGCUGGUUUGAAUAGUGCCGCGGUCGGAAGAAAUCCGAAUAAACGGGAACAUUUGAUCCUGUUGAUGGAAUAUUGUCAUUUGGUCAAAGAAGCCUUGGAUCAGUUCAAUGCGUUGUACAUUAUUGGCACAGAUAAUUUCACGGUGAAAAUUGGCUAUAAUUUUGGCCCGGUGACGGCCGGGAUUAUCGGGACCACUAAACCGUUAUAUGAUAUUUGGGGUGAUACGGUCAAUGUGGCGAGUCGAAUGUAUUCGACCGGGUUGCCGGGAGAAAUUCAAGUGGCGGAACAUGUUGUUCCCGUGCUGUCUGAUUUCUUCCUGUUCGAAUUUCGGGGGAACGUGUUUGUGAAAGGCAAGGGCGAUAUGAGAACGUAUGUGUGUCGAAGAAAAUGA